UCCAUGCUUUGUCUCAACCUCACCCUUGAAAGUAGUUACCCAGCUCUUACUGUUCGACAUCCAGGCCUAACUUCACGCUCUCUCUCUCUCUCUCAGUUCGUCAUGGCUGAUGCGCCCCGCUUCUCCCAAAGCUUGGGACUCUUGGUGCUAACAGUUUGGGUGAUCGUGGUUUGGAGAGCAAUUCACACGGGUACAGCCGGACUGACCAUCCUCCGAGACCAUGCAAGCGGCAGGCGUGCAGACAACACUGGUCACCAUAAUCUAAGACGAGUCAGACGGCAAGCCACGGAGGCCCCAGAACCCGCUACGACAACAAAUCCAGAAGGACAGGUGCUCACAACCACCACAUCACCAGCUACGACUACAGCAGCACCACUAACCGAGGCCGUACCUGGCAAUGACCAAUUGACUGGGAACAUCUCGAGCACAGCGACUGUAGAGGCUGCCGUCACUUUGCCGGCUGUAGAUCCCAAUGCAACUGAGGUCAUUGAAGUGGAGCAGACAACCGUCACAUCUCUGCCUCCAGGUACAAAUGCUGCUAUGGCAACGACUCACAAUCCGAACGACGCUAUGGAAACGGACCCUGUGGACACGACAGCCGUUGCGACUUCUACAAGCAUGCCGAUCACAACCACUGCUGCUGCCACAACCACCGUCAGCACAGGCCCCACCACUACACCGGACGAAGCAGCCACCACGGCCAUGACGACGCGACUUGUGGAAACCGACAUGGCGACGACAGGUGAAAUUCUUCAAACCGUGAUAACAAUGAGCACCGGACCGACCACUACACCCACACCGACCACGGCACCUACCGAACCCAUGCAACCGCAGACCAGUGCAGCAGCUCAGUCCACCAACUUCAGCUUCACUACGGCUGCUGCUGUGAACUCUUCCCAGUCACCCAGCGCUAACGUGUCUGUCCUGCCAAGAGAUGACACAACGUCAAAACCUACAGUAUUCGUUAUAUCUGGAAUUGGUGGACUGGUGGUCCUGGCUGGCUUUAUUGGCGUCGUGGGCCACGUGAUACGUUCCAAGCGCCAUCGAGUGGGCCGGCACGGUUCUCAAGACAGCGAUGACGUGACCCAAAGCAUCCGGGACAUGGAGAUGGCGAUUGCGCUGCAAGUUGAGGACACAUCGGAACUCAUGCCAGCUGGAAAUUCUUAUGCAAUUCGUGAUCUAGAGCAAGCCUUAGACGGAUCUGCUGCUGCUGAAAUGUACAGAACAAGACUGACCAGUACAUCAUCAGCACGCACCCGGUCCAGCUUUGUUUCGGAUGCCACACACCUGAAUGCCAACUAUUCCCUUUUCGGUCAUCCAAACUCUCUGGCGUUCAAAUCCCCAUCGCCGAGCCCAGUUCCUUUUCUUUUCAGCAACAAUGACUGCACUGUAUCGCUACAAAAUACCUCCGACCUGCCUGACAUCUCAUUUGUUUCAGCUGAUGUUGAUGUUACCUAUGAGAGCCUGCCUGUGAAGAAUGCUAGCCAACAGAUCUAUGCAGGAACAGAUGAGAUGGGUGCCGCUAUGCAAGACAUGCCGAUGGCUAUGGUACGGGAGUCUGAGGAGGCUAGUUAUGGCAAUGAUGUCAUUACACCCGGCAGUGCAUCUGGCGACUCUGAUCAUAUCUAUGCUGGUGCUGACCUACAUGUACAAGAGGGAAGCAAGGGCAUCUGUGCAUCUACGGCCAGCGGUGAGAUUCGACUAGCCCACACAGUCCAACAGAGCACGCAGCGGGGGCAACACCAAGGGGUGGAACAGACCCUCCCAGGAAGAACACCACAACAGGAAGAUGCCUGUUACCGGCCUGGUGUCGGUCACUACGCGUGCUAUGAUGCUGCUGUCAUGGCCAGUAAUGCACACUGUGCUCAGUCAGCAGAGCUUAGAAUGGCCAGUGAUAGCCAUGUCGAUGCCGGAGUAAUCAGCCCAGCUCAGCUGUCGUACCAAGACACGGAGAUAGUGUAUGAGCAGUCCGAUGCUGAAGACAUAUACGAUUACGACGUGUACGAUGAAGACGUGUACGAUGAUACCGUUCUUGAUGAGCACAGGCAGCAGCCUGUAAGAAUGGCUGAUGAUCAGACGUGGAAGCCGGCUAAACCUAUGACCAGCGAAGUCCAGCAAGGCCAGUCAGUGUUACACGACACGGAAGACAAUGAAAACUUUGGAGACGUACUCACUGACAACAAUAUCUAUGAUGGUGCGGAGAAUGUUCACUGUGUUGUUAGCACGGGUUGCACUGCCGGUGUAAGCCAGAACACUGCAGUCGCCGAAGAAUACAGCUUGUCAUCCUCGUCUUCAUCUCAGAGCUCAUUUGAGACCAUAUUCUGCAAGACAGCACCAAUAAAACUGACCCUGCAAUCACCCUCUGAUACCAGUGAUAAUGAAGAUGAUGAUUUUAAAGAUAGCAGCGAGGAGGAAGUAGAGGGGGGCCAGUCAUCGCGUUCUACAGGAGUCCCACCAAGCCGUGGCAUGAUUGCAACCACUGGACAGGCUGUGCAAGAGGAGACUGACACCAGUGCAACUGCGUCCACAGCAGACCGCUACUCGUACGAGGAGAUGCUUCCUGCUUCUUCUGGAAAGUUCAAAGCUGCUGCGAAGAAAAUACAGUGGGGCAUUACGCAAGUUGGUCGGCACCAGCAGUUGCGGCCAUUAUCGGGCAUUAACCAUUUCCUGAGUGACGACGAGGACGAUGGGGCGGGGGAUAGCUACGAGCACAUGAGCAUCAGAGGAGUUCUGCCCGCCGAGCUGCAGAAAGUCCUUGCUGAGCGUCAGAAACUGGAUAAGUCAUGAAGUAUCCGGUGCGGCAUGCUACCAAGUUCACCAUCGAUCAAUGUGUCGACUGAACCGACACAUUUUUUUUAAACCUUCCUCAACGUUCUACCUUCGCCCUUUACUUGUCUUGUCAUGCCCAGUCUCAGCUGAUUAUGACUUUUUUUAAUGCAGUACACUAUACGUUCAGCAUUUUUUAACAAAAGAUGUAAUUAUAACUCUCAAACUAUUAAUUUUAGAAAGUUAAAUUCGUGAGACCUACGUGAUACUUAUUAUGCUGAUUGUGGCAGAUGAAUACAUUUAAAAAAAAAGCGAAUGUAGAGUUAUGAUAUUUGAGAAAGUUUGAAAGCAGUGAUACCAUAAUCAUCUUCA